CAGUCGAUUGUUUUCUCGAAUGCUGUUUACAUUUUGCGCUGCGCGAGUUUCACGUGUUUUCCCAAAAGCUGCCGAGUUUUUGUAAUGAUUGUUUAAAUUUUGUUACAAAAGUGAUUCCAUUUACAGAAAACUUCCCGCAAAAUGCCAAUCGACAGUGACGACGAAGCAAUAAACCAGCUUCUGGACUCGUACCGGGAGGAAGUUGGUUUGGAUGUGGAGUCGCCUCAAAAGAAGGACUCCGGUCAGGGCGAAUUGAGUGAUGAAUCCGGCGAGGAGGGAUCCGAUGCGGAAGCGCCGGAUGUUAAGGCGGAAGAGGACGAGGAUGAUGAUAGGGAACAAGGCAAGUUGAUCAAGAAGCAAAAAGAGGAUGGGGACAGUGAAGAUGAAGCGGAGAAUCGGGAGGAGGAUGUGUUGGAUCAGUUGGACGAGCAGCUUAUCGAUAAGCCCAAAACCAACAAGGAGAAGGAACUAAUGUCGCUGGUAUUCGGAGGACGCGCGGAACUCGUGUCCAAUUUGAUGAAGGCUUCCGUCGAGGAUUUCGGGGAAGAGUCAGAUGACGGGGAGACGAAGAAGCGAAAACGUUCCGCGGCCUGGGAAGAUUCGGACGAUGAGAGAGAUGAUGAUUUUCCCAAGAAGGAAAGGAAGGUGGAAAUGCGAGCGACGGUCAAUCGGCGGAGGAAGAACUUCGAGAAGAUCGUUGGCCAACCGAAGUGGGCCGAUUUGGACCGUGAGCGGGAGAUUGAUUCAGAUGAUGAGAUUUUGAAAACGGUCGGACAUGUAGUGAAAGGAUCAACGGUGGAUUUGCCCAAGGGGAACAUUGAGUUGAAGCGAUUGAAGAAUCUGAAUCGAGAAACCAAAAACGAAGGACAAAUUACGGCGAUUAACUUCCAUCCCACUUCGAUGGUUGCGGUCAUGGCUGGGUUAAAUGGAUUAGCCUCGAUUGUGGCGGUGGAUGGCACGAAGAACGAAAAGCUGCACACGAUUGGGCUGAAGAGGUUUAAGAUCGCUUGCUGUCGGAUGACCCCGGAUGGAAACGAGGUGUUGUUUGGGAGUUUCCGGAAGUUCUAUCAUGUGUAUAAUUUGAUAUCUGGCCAGAGCGACACGUUGCAGUUGAGAGGAGAUGGCGCUUGGACCAUGAAGAACUUCGAGCUGUCGAACUGUGGCAAGUAUUUGGCCGUCACUGGGGGUUUCGGGGAGAUUCAUUUGCUGGACGCUAGGAGCAAGGAGCUUCUAACCACCAUCCAACAGAAAAACGCUUGUCCGUCUUUAUGUUUUACUCCGGAUUCGAAGUACCUUAUUGCUCACAGCACGGAUAACGAAGUUUCGAUAUACCACUUGGAGAAACGUCGUUUCGUCAAUGUCUUCGUAGACGAGGGCUGUGUAAACGGAUCAUUUAUAACCGUUUGCCCAAAUAACCGUUACCUAGCUACCGGAAAUCGCCAGGGAAUCGUCAACAUCUAUUUGCUGGAAAAGGUCCUCAAGGAGAAAUAUCCUAGCCCGGAGAAAACCGUGUCCAAUUUGACCACUUCGGUGGGAUCGAUGGCAUUCAACGUAACUUCUGAGCUGUUGGCCAUUGCUUCAGCGGAAGUGCCGGAUGCGGUAAAGUUGGUACACAUGAAGAGUGGAACGGUGUUCCGGAAUUUCCCCAUGAUUAAAGCGGGGCUGGGAAGCGUAACACGUGUAGCGUUCUCCCCAGGGGGUGGUUUCUUGGCCAUCGGUAGCCGGGAGGGUGUGGUUUCGCUCUUCCGGGUGAAACAUUAUCAGAACUAUUGAAAGUUUAAUAAACAUUAUUGUGUAAGUGA